AUUUAAUCAUUCAUUCAUAUUUCGUCGCGCGAUGCGUACGUAAGUGACUCAGCCGUCGAAAAUUUUAGUUACUUUUACCUUUUGUGUUAAUAUAAUUAAUUGAAAACUGUGAUUAUUGACUAUUACUUUGUGCAGAGUGGAGUUGUACAGUGAACUGUGAGACAAGUUGCUUAUUUCGUUGUGAUAGUGGUUCGUCGAACUGAGCUUUCAUGAUUGGAUUACCGCGUAGCGAUAGAGAUAGAGAUCGAAUAACGGUGAAAAUUCGUAACAUGAAGAGGAGUUCGUCCAGGGAUAGUAUGCCGCGAUCGAAGAGAACACGCAGUAGUAUAGGCAGGUAUGACGACAGCUCCGACGAGCGCGUCACUCCUGAACGGGUGCGCCGUCGGGUCCGCUCGCCGAGCCCCCGGGGGCGUUAUGUGUCGCCCCAUCGCGAUGACUAUGUGAGGUCCCGUGACGUCAGAGAGGAUUCCGUUCGACCCUAUUACAAAGUUUUAUGUGUCAGUGCUCUUCACCCAAAAGCUUCAGACGAAAUCGUGAAAGAUACUCUUUACAGAGAAUAUAAGAAGUUUGGAGACUUCAGCAUUAAAAUUUCCCACGAAUUAGACGAGAGAGUUGCUUAUGUGUGCUUCCGUAGUGCUGAAGAUGCCAGAGAUGCUAAACAUGCGAAGCCAAGGAUUAUUUUAUAUGAUAAAGUGGCUAUUGUUGACCCUGUUUAUGAACCAGUUCGCGCCGAAUACAGAAGCCGACCAAGAAGCAUAACACCACCUGAUUAUGAGCGACCUUAUUCUUACGCUUGGUCUCCAGUGCCUGAAAGACGUAGACCUCCUCCAGAUGAUAGGGCCUAUGGUAUACCUCCAACUGUUCCUCCUCAUCACAGAGAUUUUCGGCCUCCCAUGCAUGAGUACCCUAUGGCUGGGCCUCAUGGUCCCCCAAUGCAUCACAGACCACCCAUGCAUCACCCACCACACCCUCAUUACAUGCCUCGCCCAUACAUGCCCCGCCCCCAUCACCCACCUUUUGAGAAAAUUGAGAAUAAAAAAGACAAAUUUCCCAAUUACUUGCACCAUGUCCAGCCAGAAGAUGAUCCAUUGGCUACUAGAACUCUCUUUGCUGGUAACUUGGAGAUAAACAUUUCAGAUGAAGAGCUACGGCGCAUCUUUGGGCGCUAUGGUAUAGUGGAGGACAUAGAUAUAAAACGCCCACCACCAGGUACUGGGAAUGCUUUUGCAUUUGUCCGCUAUCAAACUUUGGACAUGGCCCACAGGGCUAAAGUAGAACUUUCUGGCCAGUAUAUUGGCAAAUUCCAAUGUAAAAUAGGAUAUGGCAAGGCAACUCCUACUACCCGUGUAUGGGUAGGUGGACUAGGUCCUUGGACAUCUGUUGCUCAGUUGGAGAGGGAAUUUGAUAGAUUUGGAGCUAUUAAAAAAAUAGAAUAUGCUAAAGGAGAACCUCAUGCUUACAUUUUGUAUGAUUCAAUUGAUGCAGCCCAGGCUGCUGUAAAAGAGAUGAGAGGUUUUCCACUAGGUGGUCCAGAAAGACGUUUGCGAAUUGAUUUUGCUGAUGUUGGCACUGGAGGCCCUUACAGACCAAAGCCUUAUGCACCACCUGUUGGUGAGGAUGGUAGACCUGUAGAAGGUUAUGAAGGAUAUGAAGGUUGGGAAGAAGGUUAUGCUUAUGGAACCCCUGGAUACAGAGGCAGAGGUGGCCAUCGAGGUCGAGGGCGCGGAAUGUACCGAGGAGUUUAUCAUGGUUCAGGGGAUUAUCGUGAAGAAGAGUGGAGGCGUGCACCAGCCGAUGCAGAAUAUGAAGGACGUGUUCGACGUUCCGGAUCGCGGGAACCGGGCGUGGAUCGCUCGCGGUCACGUACGCCACGGCGUCGGUCUCCCGACAGUGACUCGGAUGGAUCCCCACGUCGUAGUGGUGGAAUGCUAGCAUCGGCUCGUACUUUACCAGAAGUUGUACGCAAGGCCACUACUAUAUGGAAUGGUGCACUGAUCUUAAAGAAUUCCUUAUUCCCUACUAAGUUCCACUUGACUGAUGGUGAUUCUGAGAUAAUUGAUAGUCUGAUGAAAGAUGAAGAUGGCAAAAAUCAGUUAAGAAUCACACAAAGAUUACGUUUGGAUCAACCAAAGCUAGAUGAUGUUCAGAAACGCAUUGCAACAUCCAGUUCACAUGCUAUAUUCUUGGGAGUGGCAGGGUCUACAGCUUCUGUUACAAAUGAAGAUGCAAGCAUUCAGACUAGACCUAUGAGGAACUUGGUCUCCUACUUAAAACAGAAAGAAGCAGCAGGUGUGAUUUCCUUGCUUAACAAAGAAACAGAGGCAACAGGGGUGUUGUAUUCCUUCCCACCUUGUGAAUUCUCUACAGAACUUCUCAAGAGGACAUGUCACAACCUUACUGAGGAAAGUCUAAAGGAAGAUCAUUUGGUGAUAGUAGUAGUGAGGGGUGGGUCAGCCUAGUAUGAACUUCUGAGCUCCCAAACUGGGCAGGUCACAACUUGACCAAUGAGUUCAAUGGGAGAUCAGUAACAAUGGCGGUGACGGGACACUAAUACCUAAUAUGAACUCUACUAGAUUUACACAUUUUGAGUUUACAUAACUAGACUAAGUUCUUUUUUAAAAAUUUCUUGUCUUCAAUCUUCAUGUAACAAUAUGUAUACUUGUGAUGUGUAGUGAUGUGAGGUGUUGUUAAUCAAAAUUGUGAGUUUCACAUUACUUGUGCAAGUGCUGUGUUAGCCUUGUAGUGACAGCAAUAAUGUUGUUAUUGCUAAUAAAUGUAGAUACAACUAUAGUUUUGCUAGUAUUAGCAAAUAUUCAUUUUGAACAUUAAGUGUAUAUUUAUUAUGGACAAAGUUAUAGUGUAUUCUUUAUUCAGUGUAUGUUAGGUGAUGUGUAGUGUAAGUGUGUGAACUUGCAAAUAGAAUAUUUCAUCUUA